UGUUCCUCUACUCUACUGAGAAGGUUGUUUUUGUUCCUCUACUCUACUUGAAAAGUUAGUUUUUAUUCCUCUACUCUACUGAGAAGGUUGUUUUGUUCCUCUACUCUACUGAGAAGGUUGUUUUUGAUCUUGUACUCUACUGAGAAGGUUGUUUUGUUCCUCUACUCUAAUGAGAAGGUUGUUUUGUUCCUCUGCUCUACUGAGAAGGUCGUUUUUGUUCCUCUACUCUACUGAGAAGGUUGUUUUUGUUCCUCUACUCUAAUGAGAAGGUUGUUUUUGUUCCUCUACUCCACUUGAAAAGGUUGUUUUUGUUCCUCUGCUCUACUGAGAAGGUUGUUUUUGUUCCUCUACUCUACUGAGAAGGUUGUUUUUGUUCCUCUACUCUACUGAGGAGGUUGUUUUUGUUCCUCUCCUCUACUUGAAAAGGUUGCUUUGUUCCUCUACUCUACUUGAAAAGGUUGUUUUGUUCCUCUACUCUACUGAGAAUGUUGUUUUUGUCGCUCUACUCUACUGAGAAGGUUGUUUUUGUCCCUCUACUCUACUGAGGAGGUUGUUUUUGUUCCUCUCCUCUACUUGAAAAGGUUGCUUUGUUCCUCUACUCUACUUGAAAAGGUUGUUUUGUUCCUCUCCUCUACUUGAAAAGGUUGUUUUGUUCCUCUACUCCACUUGAGAAGGUUGGUGUUCAGAGUGCAGCCAGUAGACGAGCAGCAACAUUCAUAGUUUCCAUGACUUCAGGCAGCAGCCGAGGAUCAGAGCAGGACGUCAACACUUUUCUGUGGCUGGACUUCUUUGCAAGAUGCUGCAGGGUCCAAUAAGUUGGCGCUGGUUCCUGCUGGCCUUCUGCUUCCCUGUUGUGACCUGGUCUUUGGACCUGGAGGUCCCUGGACAAGUGGACCAGGAGGACUGGGACGCUGGUCUGGGUUCAGGGUGGUCCCACACACACGCAGACAGUCCCCAGGCGGCCCCACCCCCCCACUGCACUCAACACUUCCUGCUGCCGUCCACCUCCCAGACCUGCUGGGACGACACGGCCGGUCCGGAAGACCUGGCCAAGUCCCGCCUGCUGGUCCUGCAGAACACGGUGGCACUGCAGGCCCUGGUCUCCUCCAGCGACGUGGACCAGGGCCAGCAGGAGGCCAGGGAGGAAGUCAGCGCCAUCGUCACCGAGCACCGGACUGCCUUGGAGGCCAUGGACAAGAUGGACCAGGUCUUUGUCUCUCUGGGAGACCAGAGGAGAGACGGCACGGAGCGAGGGUUCCUGACCAGCAUGAAGGACAAGAUGGCCGACACCAGGACAGCGGGACGCGCCCGCCGGCUCACGGCCGCCGCCCUGGAGAGGAACUUGUCCACGCUGGAGGAGAGUCUGGUCGCCAUGCAGAUCAGGAUCCACAACCUCCUCCUGCGGUGACCUCAGUGUCCACAACCUCCUCCUGCGGUGGCCUCACAGGUUCCACAACCUCCUCCUGCGGUGACCUCACAGGUUCCACAACCUCCUCCUGCGGUGACCUCACAGGUUCCACAACCUCCUCCUGCGGUGACCUCACAGG